UUUUCUCAUUUGAGCAACCUCAUUGAUUAGCAGUUUUAGUUAACAAUGGUGUCCACACUGAAUUUGAAAGAAGCCACUGGCAACCAAAGUUUGUGGGAUACUUUGCUACCAGAUCUCCCCAAAGGACCGCUUUGCAAAUAUCGUAAGAAAGCUUCCUUCAACUGGAAGGAGAUGGCGGUGUUUCUAGAUGGGGAAGAUAUCAUCCAGCUUAAGAACAGAAUCUUCUCUGCUCUGGAAAGUGAUCCCCUCUUUGCCCAUCAUCCUGGAGAAGAUUUGUGCCGUGAGAAAUAUCAGGAGCUGACAUUCCUGCGCUGUAAAAGGCUCUUUGAGUAUGAUUUUCUUACUCAGCAAGAGAUCAUAGAGAACCCAUUAAAGAUAUUUAAUAUGGUCAUCUGUAUAGGAAUGUAUGAUUGGUCUCCAUGUCUCCAGUAUUUCUUACAUUGCGGUGUAUUUGCAGGUACAAUUUUGAGUGCUUCUAAGAGGUUUGCAGACUUUGUGAAAAAAGUUUAUAGCAUGGAGGUUUUUGGAUGUUUUGCUCUGACUGAACUCAGCCAUGGAACUAAUACUAAAGGCAUACGGACUACUGCCACGUUUGAUCGUAGCACUCAGGAAUUUAUCAUCCAUACUCCUGACUUUGAAGCUGCAAAGUUCUGGGUUGGUAAUAUGGGAAAACAUGCCACUCAUGCAGUUGUAUAUGCCCAGCUCUAUACUCCUGAUGGACAGUGCCAAGGAUUAAAUUCCUUUAUUGUACAGAUUCGAGAUACAAAAACUCUCCUACCAAUGCCAGGUGUGAUGGUAGGUGACAUAGGAAAGAAAAUUGGGCAGAAUGGGUUGGAUAAUGGAUUUGCCAUGUUCCACAAUGUCAGGGUACCUAAAGAGAACAUACUGAAUAUAUCUGGAGAUGUCACAGCUGAAGGGAAGUACUCCAGUUCAAUCAAGGAUGUUAAAGAGCGUUUUAGUGCAGCUCUGGGAUCCCUGUCCACUGGCAGAAUUCUGAUCACAGCAAUUUCCACGACCAAUUUAAAGCUUGCCUUGUCGAUAGCCAUUCGCUUCUCAGCAGCUCGCCGUCAGUUUGGACCAACUGAUGAAGAGGAAAUACCUGUUCUUGAAUACCAAACACAGCAAUGGCGUCUUCUUCCUUAUCUGGCUGCAGCAUAUGCUUUAGAUUAUUUCUCCAAAACCCUGUUUGAGAACUUUGUGGAAUUUUAUGCAGGCUUAUUGACAAAGCAAAGGAGUCAGAGACAGUCUGAUUUGGGACGUGAGAUUCAUGCCUUAUCUGCUGCCAGCAAGCCACUGUCUUCUUGGACUGCUCAGCAGGCAGCCCAGGAGUGCCGAGAAGCUUGUGGAGGACAUGGUUACCUUGCCAUGAAUCGUCUGGGUGAGAUCCGAAAUGACAAUGAUCCAAACUGUACAUAUGAGGGAGAUAACAAUGUCCUGCUUCAGCAAACCAGCAACUACUUAGUGAGCUGGAUGAAUUGUGUAAGAGAUAAAGCUCCUUUUGAAUCACCUUUUGGAACAAUAAACUUUUUGCAAGACUACCAUCAUAUCCUUAGCUGGAAAUUCACAGCCAUUAGUGUUGAAGAUUGCAUGGACUCCUCAGUUCCUUUGGCAGCAUAUAAAUGGCUGGUUUGCUACCUGCUCCGAGAAAGUGACCUAAAGCUAAGCAAGGAGAAGCAGUCUGGCCGAAGUGAUUUUGAGGCAAAAAACAACUGUCAGGUCUACUACUGUCGAUCAUUAGCCGUUGCUUUUAUCGAACAAAUAGUGCUGCAAAGAUACCAUGACUACACUCAUGAUCCCAACAUACCAUCUAGUCUGCAGCCAGUGCUUAAGAAUCUCAGUGCUCUGUAUGGACUCUGGUCUUUAAGUAAACAUCUGGCUGUGCUCUAUCAAGGUGGCUAUGCUUCCGGUGAACAAGCUGGGAGAUUUAUUCAGAAUGCUAUUCUGGACCUCUGCUACAGGUUGAAAGAUGAUGCAGUUGCCCUGGUUGAUGUCUUUGCUCCUCCUGACUUCAUUCUCAACUCUCCCAUUGGUAAAGCUAGUGGAGAGUUAUAUAAAAAUAUGUGGGCAGAGAUCCUUCAAGGCAACAAAGCUCUGAAGAGACCUUCAUGGUGGGCAGAAUUUUGUAUUGAUAAACCCGUUAUAGGCAGGCUGAGGUCAAGAUUGUAAACCAAACAAGUUGUAAGGGGCCUGAGAUGGAUACCGUAUUUCAAACAUCAGGAGUAAAACACCAUUUGUCAAACACUGAAAGUGAAAGAGAUUUUCAUAGAAAAGUGCCAAGUUUUAAAAUAACUUUGAAAUCAAGUCCAACUUGGUCUCAGAGACUGUUAACAUAAUAAUGACAUGAGCAAAAGCAACACAUCUGCACACUAUUCAUAUUUACUCCAUUAAAUACAAAAAAAAAGAUUCAUUAUGAUCACUGCUUUGCAAAGUUUCUAUAAAAGAAAUUUUCCAAUC